ACUUCCUUCUCAGCAUCCUUCCUCCUCUGCUCCUCAAGCAGCUGCUGCUCAGAUUGAUUUUUCUAUGAGAGGAACAGUCACGUUUCUUUAGUGAUCAUUUCUUAAGGUGCCACACAAUGACACCUGUUUUCAUGCAUUUCUGGCAGAUCCUGUAUCUUGAUGUGAAAGUCUUCUGUGCUUCUUGCUAAGACUUCACUUUUCAUGUUGUUGUUUCUCUACUUACCUUUUUCCUCUUCUUUCCGACGUUUCCCUUCAAAGCCUCCAUCUGCACAGCGUCAGGUUUCAUCAGCUGUCCUCUUUCUCCUUCAUUGAGAAACUGAUCUUUAGUUUUAGAUCGGUUUAUCUUUGUCUCUGUGUGAAAUGAAACGUGUGUUGAGAUGUGUUGAAAGAGAAUUAGAAACAGCCAGCAUUAACAGAAUGCAAACAGCCAAUGGAGGCGUUUCAGGCAGGGGGGGGGGUUUGUGGGAGAUAUUGUAGUCUUUGCAGACCAUUAACAUGCACACAAACCUACAGAACAUACAGCACUCAGCAUAAUAGGGCCCCUUUAAACAAACUGAAUCAAAUCACCCGACUGUUAGUGACUUACUGAAUAUGUGUUCUCUCCACAGAAAGAAGAAAGACACAGCCAGCAGUAACAGAAUGCAAACAGCCAAACUGACGGCCAGACCGAUAAUGACGGAAGAAGACCUGGACUGGAGCUUAAAGAAAUCAUCUGAAAUGAUAAAACACAGAGCAUCACGGCAUUUAUGUAAAACUUGGUCUCAGAUAUUGGAGACUAAAGCAUCACUCUGCUGCUGACAGUAUAGAGUUCAUCAGGACCUCUGACUGUCUCUGGAGGUCCAGCAGAGAGGAGCUUUCCCUCAGCGUCCAGCCACAACACCUCAGGCUCCGGAUACCAGCCUGCAGACUCACACUGCAGCACCACUCCUCCGCUCUGACCGUCCAGCCCUGAUAACGUUACGAGUGGUGGGCGAGCAGCAGCUGAAGCUGGUCAAAAGGAGAGGAAGUAUUUGAUAUCUGAUAGCAGGUGAGUAGAUGCCACAGAAAAAUAUGUUAUUGUUAUAAUCCUAGUGCAAUUUACAGCCUCAUUUCUAUCCAAAUCCUCACGUAAGUGUCCAAUGGGCUCAUCACUGUGAGUUGGAGCAAGUAACCCCUCUACUAAAACAUGCCUGUUUACUAUCCUGGCUUCAAAAUGGUGGAACAAGCUCCCUAUUCAUUUAAAGGGGACCUAUCAUGCAAAAUGCACUUUUGUACGUCUUGUAUACAUGAAUAUGUGUCCCCGGUGUGUCAGGGAACUCACCAAGUGUCAGAAAACACAACCGUCUCUCUUUUCCUCCAUACCCAAAUCUCUAAAAACGGGGCUGCAACCAGAUUUGAAAAUAGUGUGACGUCAGUGACAAGGACCUCCGCCUAUAUGGCCAACUCUCCACCAAUCAGGGGAAUGAGAGGUUGCCGUGGCAUGGUAACAGCAUGGUAACAUGACGCUCGUAACUCGGCCCCUCCUUUGCAGGGGGGCGUGGUCAGCUGCAGCGCAUGCAAAGACAGGGUGGAGGAGAGAAAAAUAGAGCAAAAUGAGGCAAGGCUAAAAUGCAUGAUCUGUUUGGUAUUUUGAAAAAAAACCGUAUAAAUAUACCUUAUAUAGGUAUGGCCCUACUAUAUAUUAUGCAAAUAUAGCAUGAUAGGUCUCCUUUAAGGAGAGCAGAAAGUCUACACUUUAUCAGACGCACACUGAAAACCCGCCUGUUCCACUGCAACUUAAACAACAAAAUCUCACACUAACACAAAACAUUUUUUAUAGUACUGUAAAUUGUUUACUUGGAUGGAUUCUAUUGAACUGAUAUAUAUGCUUCCUUUAGGUAAAACAUAAGGAAAGACUACAUUCUUCAUACUUUUGGUGUAUUCAACAAUAUGUAUCCUCAAAUUCAGUUAUUUCUCAAUUAUUAUAUAAAUAACUGAGUAUUAAACUAAAUAACUGAGUAUUAUGUCACUUUUGGCUUUCCAUACAACUGGAAUCCGAUACGUUUGUCUACCAACUCUAGAAAAUGUAGUGUAAAUAUUUUCAUAUCGUCAGAGUCUCUGAAACACAGAGACACAACUAUAAUCCUUGCCUGGAGGUGAAAGUAGAGAAACAUGCACCGUAAACACAUAUGUACAUUACACACUUACCAAAAACUAGUUUAACAAAAGCUUGCCGGUCCUGUUCUGGAAUGAAACAUCUGUAUUUCCCCUGAUCGGAGAGUUGUACGUUGGAGAGUUUCAGGGAAAUGUUUCCGUUCUUCAGCUCAUCGAUGAACAUUGAUGUUCUUCCCUUGAAGAUUGUGUGUUUCAUCCCCUUUAGUUCAUGACUAGAACGCAACACAUGGACGAAUCUGGGGUUCAGGUCGGGUCUCGUCCACUCCAACGUCAAAUCGGUAGCAUUUACCGCCGGCUCCAGAUAACACGGCAAAAUGAUGUCACCGCCAAGGUUUGCUACUACUGGCUGAGCAGUGCGCAUGGCCCUUCUGCCUGUAACGCAGAAAACUACCAGCAGGAGGUUCAGUUUGUGGGUUUGGUUUAAGGAUGGUACCCACUCGGAUUCAUGUUUGUGAUCGCUGCUGUACUUUUUGUCUGGAAAUGGAGACAAACCAAGACAGGGACAAAGAGAAACCAUAUGGAUGAAGUUGAUAAAGCAGGAAAGAACGUCUCUGAAGAUGAAGAAGAAGAAAUAGGACAUCUUAUGACAGAUAAAAAUGUGCCAAUGCACAGUUUGCAGGGAAAAGUGGAAAAGAAGAGCAAACAGUGAGACGCUCAGACAGCAGGAAGACAUCAUGGAGGUCACAGCGCUCUGCAGCCGACUGUUGACGUGUGUCAUCAUUCUGUUGGGUGCUCAUAUUCAGAAGAGCUCUACGAGAAACAAUGACGCAGCUUUGCAAAUGAUCGCAGAGAGACUGCAGCUCUUUGAAUACACACCCUUCUCUUUUCUCUGCGAGGGUCUUGGCUCUGCUCUGAGAGGGUUUAGGAACAACAAUGAGUUAAUUCAGGGUUGUUAUAUUAUUGCUUCAUCAACACUGAACUGCACCAUUAAAUCAGCCUAUGCACCGGACAGCGGGGUUUACUGGUGUGAGGAUGAGAAAGGAGAGAAGAGCAACUCUGUCGACAUCAAGGUCACCGCUGGCUCUGUGAUCCUGGAGAGUCCUGUGCUUCCUGUGAUGGAGGGAGAAUCUGUGACUCUGAGCUGCAGAAACAAGACGACCACUUCCUCCAUCCUCUCAGCUGACUUCUAUAAAGAUGGCCGCCUCAUCAGGAGCAGCUCUACAGAGAACAUGAACAUCCGCAGGGUUUCUAAAUCUGAUGAAGGACUCUACAAGUGCAGCAUCUCUGAAGUUGGAGAAUCACCAGAGAGCUGGCUGGCUGUCAGAGCUGGCUCUGUGAUCCUGGAGAGUCCUCUCCUCCCUGUGAGAGACGGAGAAUCUGUGACUCUGAGCUGCAGAAACCAGAUCUCCUUCCUCUCAGCUGAUUUCUACAAAGAUGGCCGCCUCAUCAGGAGCAGCUCUACAGGAAACAUCACCAUCCAAAGAGUUUCUAAAUCUGAUGAAGGACUCUACAAGUGCAGCAUCUCUGAAGGUGGAGAAUCACCAGAGAGCUGGCUGGCUGUCAGAGCUGUUCACAGAGAGACGUGUCCCUGCUCAGAUCACUCCCUUCACGUCCUCCUCGUCUCAAGGACUGUGUUCACCGUAGUGAUGGUGGCUCUGCUGCUGCUGCUGGUGGGACUGCUGCAUUCUGGGAGACUCAGGGUCACACAGAAAUAACUCAUGUAAAAAGGUUAGAGUUUGGUCAUCAACACAAUGAACACCACGAGCCGAGGACAUGAUCACUUCUUCAGCGUUGUAUCUCUUCUUCUGCUCAGGUUGAGUGUGAGGUAACUUCUCUGUGUCUCAUGAUGGUACGAGCAGCAGCUGUUAGACUUUCUCACACUCGAGACAAAGUUAAAAACCACAGAGGUACUGACUGACGCAUGCAUUUAUUUUAGAAGGCGAGCUGAGGGUAGGUUGUUCUGAGUUUUAUUUUAGCCUCCAGAUACUUUCAGCUUCUCAGACACAACCCACAGAACAUGUUUGGUAACACUUUAUAUUAAGGUACACAAAUUAACCAUUAACUGUUAAUUAACAUGCAUAUU